GUUCGACCCCUCUUAACCUUCUAAUCUUGGCCCAGUCGACAAUCGCAUAUUAUGCAAAUCUGCUGUGGAUACAAGUUCUUUUUACUGCAUGCAAUUUUUAAACCACCAGCCAAAAAAUCAUCUUCCGCUGUGAUUGUUGAUUACACAUUUAUACAAAAUUAAUAUAUUUGUUGACGACCUUGGAGCCUCUGGUUUAGUUGGUUAUUAGAUAUUAAAAAGUACUGGAGGAAACUCUUGUUGGGGAUAGACAAAUAGUACUCUCACUCACUCUCACCUCCAACCUCACCUCAGAUUCAUGAGUCUUCUUCUUCAGUCGUCGGCUCUGCUGUUUUAUUUCUUUGCAUGGAAAUUACAUCGUCGUUCACAUAAUGCAGCAUCCGUGCUAGGCUGACCCGACCCGCUGAGCAAAUAGAUGAAUCCGGCUCUCUGUACUUUAAAUGCUUAAUCCAAGAGCAUAAAAGUCUUGGCAUAAUUUUGGCAGUCAUUCAUAUACGAAUGAAUUAAAUAUAUGUGGAUUAUUGUAAUAAUGGUAUGUGGAAUAUGAGUAUGCGUUUCAAGUUAAACAAAACCAAAAAGAAUGCCAAAUUGCUUUCUGCUAAAAUAUAUGUUGCACAGGUAGUCAGUCCUCUUUUCAUCUCACUUAUAAAGAAAGUAAUUACUUGUCAGAAAUAAUAUAAUUGAAAAGUCUAGUCUCUCAAAACCAUAGCUCGAGCGUGACAUUUAUGUGUAUUCCAGAUAAUGCUCGGCGACACACACCCAUGACAAAACAGUUAGGUUCGCCACAGAAUUACGCAUUUGCAUAUAGACAUUGGCUAACUGGAACGUUAUUUGUUUCCCCUGUUUUCCUCGCUGAGCUUAUCAAAACUUGUCUUGUUAUCUUGUGCAAUCCAAUUCACAAGUCCACAAAGCAGAAAUACAUAGGUGGAGAUGAGAAAUGAGUUCUCGCUCUCCGCCGAUAAGCUCCAUCACAGGUUAAUCGUAUUCAUAAUGGUGAUGGAAGCCCCACAAGUGCAACAAAAAUCCGAAAUUCUUAGGAAAAUGAAAGAAUCCCGUAACGAGGAUUUGGCUCACAUUCGAAUCUGCGAGGAGGCAGCAAGUGACGUUGAAAUGUCGUCUCAAGACGAAACUCCUCUAGAAAACCGAACUUCACCGUCCCUGCCACCGCAUUUCGACCAGCAAAACAUCACCGACUCCACCCUACAACAGGAUUACAACAAAUUCAACAAACAGAUGGGCGAUUCCACGAUAAGUAAACAGCAAGAAGAUUGCGAAAUGUCUGAUAUUGAACAAACCGAUCUUAGCUCCCAAAGAUUUGGUAAUGAACAAGGUGACAAAGCCACCUCUCUUUCUGAGGAUGCUGAUAUGAAUUCCGCUUCGCAACCAAAGCCGUUGAUUCAGCUCAAAGAUGCUGCAGAAGUGAACGUCGCCACCACGAACAAUCCACGAAGGGAAGCGGAACCGGAAGCUUCAGAAUCUUCGUUGGUGGGAGGAAAUGGAAGUGACGUACCCCCACCGCUCCGGCCACCACCUCAGGAUGGCGAUGAUGAUGAUGACAACGAUAAUGAAGAUGAUGAUACAGAAACACAUUCUGGUAGUAAUAGUGGUGACACUGAAGGUGGUGAAAAUCAUUCCAAUUCCGAUCCCAGUUACAACGUCGCGAACAUGGCUCCACAUAAAGUGCCAAUUUCCAACAUCUCAAUUGCAACACCUGCAUCAGACCAUUCGUCAGAGGUGGCUCACUAUCAUCAUCCUAAUCACACAGAAUCUGAGCAACAUCAAGAAAUCAAUACAAUUCAGCAGCAAUUAUCCAAGGCUCAAGAUCCGUCACACAUUCUCGAAGCCAACAGCACCAAUCUGCGACAACAAAGUCCUGUUGAAGGAGUGAGAACUUCGCCAACGGUCAACAAUAACAACAACGUGAUUAAUCUGAAUUACAAUCAUAUCAAUAAGACGGGAAAGCUGGUUGGCGGAGCGCAUCAUCCUGACAGCCUCCCAACCGUCAAUUUGUCCACGUUGCAGCACCAUCAGCAGCAGCAGCAACCCAGGGGGGUCAUUCAUUACACUACGGCCCAACACCAACAGCAGCACAUGGGACCUAAUCAAGACAAACAUUCAAACCCAGAUGAUGUUCCUACGUCCAGCUUUAUCAAAAAAGAGUACGAGGAUCCCAUAGGCCAAAAUAUCAACAACGGAAAUUCUUCUUCUCGUCAAAUUUACCAAACUGCUUCCGUCUCAAUUCACGAAGUUGGCGUGGCUCCGACUUCCAUCGGAGGACAUUCACAAUCCCGUGAACAAAGCAACUUGAGUGUUCUUGCCUCUUUAGCCCAUCAGAGUAGUAGCUCUCAUCAUCACAAUAGCAACAAUAACCACAGUCUACAACACCUAUCUUAUGGUACACCACCACCUCACCCCAAUGAGCAAAAUCGGGGAACAUUGAUGCAUUCUUCCUUGACCGAUAAAGCCAUUCCGAUUGCUCAAGCCAUUGCGGCCGUGGGGGGAAAUUACCUCAACCACUCCCCUCCGCCGUAUGCAAAUGGCAAUUCAAACCAGAACCAGGCUAAUGGGGAACACCAGUCGAGUGGUGGAAAUUCUUCCUCCAACGGUGGCAACAAUUACAACAAUUCGUCGCCUCCACCCCCAAUUCGCUAUCCAUACCAAACUGGGAGACAACAACAGGAGUAUGUGGGGAGUGAGGGAGGAGGACACUCAGGGCUGGAGCCAUCGCCGUAUAAAAGUGGUGGCGUUCCUUCGUCCGCUAUCUACUACGCCAGCCGCCCAGGUGCCGGAGGAGACUCGGACCAGAACUAUGCCCCAUUAGGGAUAAGCGAUAAAGAUAACAGCAAGGGAUACUACGGCUACGUGAGUUCUCCAUCUCAAGGAAGUGGAAAUUUCAACCAACAUCAGCAUCAACAGCAACACCAACAGUUGAAUGGACCCAGUGGAUACUAUAAUAAUUCAUCCGCCUCAAAUGGUCGGGCUGAGGGAUGGAAUCACCAUUCUUCAGAACAUUAUGGAAACGUAUCACCCCCAGCACAUCAUAACGGAGGUCAAAUGCUACCAGGGCCUCAACAGGUUCACCAAACCACGGAGCAACUCCUUGCAGCAAGUCAGUAUGCUCACUUUGAAGGGUACAACGCCCAACUUGGACAUUUAGGCGGUGGGGGUGGUGGACAGUGGGCCGAUGAUUUUGAUCCUAAAGAAUGCUGCAACUGCGGCUCGCAUGCCACACCCCUUUGGAGGAGAGAUGAAUCAGGACACUACCUGUGCAACGCUUGCGGAUUAUACACACGGACAAAUGGUGUCAAUCGACCUCUUAAUAGAAAUCAGGCUAAACGGGUGUCUGCUGCGGGCACAAGCAGGAGACAAGGGAUGAGUUGCAGCAAUUGCGACACGACCACGACUACGCUAUGGAGAAGAAAUAAUCAAGGCGACCCUGUUUGUAAUGCAUGUGGAUUGUACUUUAAGCUGCACGGGGUCUCUCGUCCAAAGACAAUGAAAAAAGAUGGAAUUCAGACCAGAAAGCGUAAACCAAAGAGUCCUGCGUCUAUGGGUCCUGCAUCUAUGGCCCCGUCAAUUCAACAACAUCAAGUAUCAAGUCCCUCAGAUAAGAAACCUUUUCCAGUCAUCACUUCCGCCAAUGGAAUCAACCACAUGCUCCACUCUGCUUUAACACACCAUCACCAACAAUCUCCUCCGCCCCACCACACCAAAUCUGGAGCACUCAAAUUGACAAAUCACAUGGGGUCUUCCGGUGGAGGGGCAUUAAUUGAGCAGAAUUUGCGAAGUGGUGGCGGUGGUCAAUCCAUCAUGGGCCACUCACCGCUACCAAGUAUGCCAAACGGAUCUUACUACGGAGCUCCAAGCAAUCAUGGGAAUCAUCACCCCCAAUCUCAUCCUCACUCUCACAAUGACUCCCAAAACAUUCAAAACGCCAUGUUUGUUCGCCAUAUCCAAAAUAUGGUAGGAAUUGAAGGACAUGGACCCACAGCCUUGAGAAUUCCUGAGGGCGACGAGGGUGGACUGAUGAGCAGAAUUCAAGCAAAUUCUGACUUGAUCUCCGUUUCUGUCCAACACGAGUCUGGCCACCAGAACAAUGACUAAUCAGAUUGCUCUCUUGCAAUAGUGGGACGACAAAUUUUUAAUUAUUUGUGUAUUUUCUCUAUUUCACUUAGCAUAAUGAUCCAAAAUGUACAACUUAUUCUUCAUAGUCCUUAUUGCUAAUAUAAUAAGUGUCGUUCUUUUGUGGUUCACAAAAGAACGUGAGUAUGUUAAAGGAGAUGAAUGGGAGAAAAUUAUUUAAUAGGAAAGUAGAAUAUUUUAAAGAUGUUUACAAGCCGUCGUUAUUUUCUUAUCAGUCAAGUAAUAACAAUAAAUAAAAAGUAUGCAUGGAACAACCAAGAGUGGUGUCCAAAUAUGUACAGCGAGCAGCUUGUAGAUAGUUGUAAAAAAUAAUAAUUUAUUGAAAUCUUGGCAGCUCAGCAGUGUGUUUCUUUUCUGCUGAUGUGCAAAAUUAUGUUAUGAGUAAUAAUUCAAAGUUUUUGACACCUCAUCAACAACCGACGAAAACUCAACAGUGUUGCAGGAACAUGUAAUCAAACUUUAAAAAAUUAAUUAACUUGUCGGACACAGCAAGAAAGAAGAAUGAUAUAUUUUAUCCCGUGUACCAGACUACUAUAUAAAUCUAUAGUUAAAUUGUAUCAAGUAGAGUAUCAUAAAUAUUAUGACGAUGUGUAAGCAUGCAUGUAGAAGUAUGUUCGAUUUUGUUGAAAUAUUGGUAAUGAUAAUAAUUACACAUUUGUAAAAGAGUACAAAUAGAGUCAAAUAGACAGUUGCCUCCUAUUAGAGGUAAUGGGUCGUUAUUCGCCAGUGCCUUCAUUCCCAUGUAAUUAUUAACCACCAACAUGCUAAACUUAUAAUAGCUGAUGUGUCGGAUAAGUGUAUUUCUCAUGGUUAACGAGAUGUGGUUCCCAUACUGACUCACUGGCUGGUGGGUGGGUCGUCAUCGUCGUUUAUGGCUGUUGUGACUUUUCCCUUUGUGUGAUGCUCUAUGUGGUCACUAAAUUACAUUCAAAUGUUAAUGGAAGGGUCGUUUAUGCAUUUGUAAACAUGAUACGUGCUUCACACUCCAGGGACUCAGUUUGUAAUAAACAUUUUGUUGGUAUCUGG